AGCAGAAAAAAAAUCUUCGCGAGGAUAAAGCAUGAGGUAUGGUCGUUAUUAACGCUGGCGGGGCAAGAAAGUGGAAACCCACUUCAUAAUUUCUGCAACAAUGGAGGGAUUGAUCCUUCACAAUCCAAACCCAUAUUUAUCCAAAACCCCUUUUCUUCACUCUGCCUUCAGGCCUCAAAUCACUCCAAAUCUCUGCUGCAGAACUCUCUCUUUUAGCGUCACUUGUAAGGUGAAGGCAUCGCAGGACAAGAAGCCGAAGAACGUCAGCAACAAGAUUGUGCUCUCUGAAGCAGCGCCGCCGCUUGCGGAGGAGACUGAUAACAAUAAUGGAAACAACACUGAAGCCGAAGUCAAGUCUGGAAAUGGGAGUGGUUUGAUGAUGAAGCUUGUGAAGAGAUUGCCGAAGAGGAUUUUGGGGGCUUUGUCUAAUUUGCCUUUGGCUAUUGGAGAAAUGUUCACCAUCGCUGCCCUCAUGGCUCUUGGUACUUUCAUUGAUCAGGGAGAGGCCCCUGAUUUUUAUUUCCAGAAGUACCCUGAAGAUAACCCUAUGUGGGGAUUCUUCACUUGGAGAUGGAUUCUCACUCUUGGGUUUGAUCAUAUGUACACAUCUACCAUUUUUCUAGCCAUGUUAUCUCUUCUUGGGCUCUCACUCAUGGCAUGCACUUACACAACUCAGAUUCCUCUUGUUAAGGUUGCAAGAAGAUGGAACUUUUUGCAGUCCGGUGAUGCUAUUAGAAAGCUGGAAUGUUCUGAAAUUUUACCCAGAGCAUCAGUCCAAGAUUUGGGGGUUGUUUUAAUGGGAGCAGGAUAUGAGGUAUUUAUUAAAGGGCCAACUUUAUAUGCUUUCAAGGGAUUGGCUGGACGAUUUGCGCCUAUUGGUGUACAUUUGGCCAUGCUUUUGAUUAUGGGUGGUGCAACUCUCAGUGCAGCUGGGAGCUUCAGAGGUUCUGUUACAGUUCCUCAGGGACUGAAUUUUGUCGUUGGAGAUGUUCUGAACCCGAGCGGGUUUCUGUCCAAGCCAACUGAAGCUUUCAAUACUGAAGUCCAUGUCAACAACUUCUACAUGGAUUACUAUGACAGUGGAGAGGUGAAACAGUUUCAUAGUGAUCUUUCUUUAUUUGACCUUAAUGGGAAAGAGGUGAUGAGGAAGACAAUCAGUGUAAAUAAUCCUUUACGGUAUGGAGGUUUUACAAUUUACCAAACUGAUUGGGGAUUUUCAGCUCUGCAAAUACUCAAGAAUGAUGAAGGACCUUUUAACUUGGCUGUGGCACCUCUUAAGAUCAAUGGAGACAAGAAGCUUUAUGGGACUUUCUUACCCGUUGGAGAUGUCGAUUCACCUGAUGUGAAAGGAAUAUCAAUGCUUGCUCGUGAUCUGCAAUCCAUUGUCCUGUAUGAUCAGGAAGGGAAGUUUGUCGGGGUUCGACGUCCAAGCUCUAAGCUUCCGAUUGAUAUCGACGGUAUGAAAAUUGAAAUACUUGAUGCUAUUGGCAGCACUGGGCUGGAGUUGAAGACUGACCCAGGAGUGCCUGUUGUUUAUGCUGGAUUUGGUGCUCUAAUGCUCACAACAUGUAUCAGUUUUCUCUCUCAUUCACAGAUAUGGGCCAUACAAGACGGAACAGUGGUGAUCGUCGGAGGAAAGACGAACCGUGCAAAGGUCGAAUUUCCAGAGGAGAUUGACAGUUUACUCGAUCGCGUUCCAGAAAUCAUCGAACCAUCUCACAAUGGGUUGAAUAACAAUGAUGCCUAAUUACUAAGACAAAAAUGGAACAAGCCAGCACUCAUCAAAGAGAGCAACAAACAGUGUCCAACUACAAAUUUUUGGCCUGAGAUCACAGUUGGAAGUCUUCUUUCUUAUAUAUACAUAUAGAGGACGGUUUUACCAAUUUAUAAUUCUUUCAUCACCGACAUGUUACAAGUCAAAUAAUUUUUGUAUAUAAUGUAA